AUGGAGUCUCUCUUGAAGAAUCUCGAAAAACAUGUUACUUGUUCCAUUUGCCUGGAUACUUACACCAAGCCAAAGACCAUAGCUUGUCUUCAUACCUUCUGCUUGAAAUGUUUAGAGGAGCACGCUUUGAAAACCCAAAGACAUGGACAAUUUCGAUGUCCCGAUUGUCAGGCGGAAGUGAACAUCCCAGAAGGAAAUUGUUUCGAUAAUUUACCGACUGGUUUUCUGCAAAACAGUUUGUUGAGUCUUCUCGCUGUACGACAAAGUGGCGAUGGAAGUCAGAUCAGUUGUGGUAUCUGUAAGAAAAAGAGCGCCGAGAUCAGCUAUUGCUUUGCUUGCGAAAAAUUACUGUGCCGUGAUUGUGUCAAUGCACACGAAUUGUUUCAAGAGAGUGCCUUUCAAGGACACAAAGUGACGGCAGUGAAACAGUUUCAAGCCAUAGAUUACGAGGCCUUGUUAAAGCGUCAGUCCUUUUGCCCUCAGCCUUACCACGAGAGAGAGGUAAACAGGUUUUUUUGCCGUGAAUGCCAGAUUUGUGUUUGUCAAGUUUGCAUAAACACUGAUCACAAGAAUCAUAAUGUUGAUCCGCUUGAGAAAGCAGCGGAUACCGAGAAAACAAACAUCAUGGCGGCAGUCGAGUCGAUAGAACAAAAGAAGAAAGUCUGUAGCGAUGCGAUUAUAACUUUUCAACAAGUUGUUGAAGAGCUGGAACGAAAUGUUACCGCUGCUAAACGAGAGGUUUCCCAAACAGCCAAACAAAUGAUUGAGAAGAUUCGAGAACAAGAGCGGGAAGCUACAAAAAUUAUCGAAAAUGCACGCGUGUCUAGAAUAGAGAAAAUAAACUCUCUUAACGAGCAAGUAAAGUCAUUGAUGAAACAACUUGAUCAAGCUGUUCAGUUUGCAAAAAACCUGGUUGAGAGGAGCUCCAGUUCAGAUGUUAUGAAAAGUAAGAAGACCUUAGAGCAGCGAUUUGGAGAUCUCGACAAGGCCACAGUCCCUUCGCUUCCGGUAAGCUCAUUCGUGAAGUUUUUCUCGGCUAAUGCACUUGACAACUUAAACCUGGGGCCAGUGAUAACCAAUGAAGCAGAUGUACGGUUGUCAUCAGUGGAGGCUCUUACUGAAAACCUCCAAGCUGGUCUGGAAGCAGAGCUUGUGAUUUGCCGUCCAAAGCGAAAGAGUGAAGAAGAGCUUACAAGGAAAUGCCAGCGUGAAUUUUACGUUAGAGUGCUCAUAGAACCCGCUGAAGAUGUAGCAAGUUUAAAAGUUGUUGAGAACGAAAAUGAUGAUUUCCACGUGAAGUUUGUUCCUAAAAUACCUAGCACCUACAACAUGACCGUCUUCAUAAAUGGCUUCAAACUUGUUACCAGUCCUUUCAGGAUUCACGUUAAGGAACGACGAAUUCAAGUUGUGGGCGAGUUAGUUCUAAAAAGAGGAAUUCCCGUAAGUCCGAAUUGGAUCGCUGUCAACAGCAAAGGAACAAUCGCUGUAGUUGACGAUGAAAGACACUGUAUCUUACUGUUUGAUAAGGAUGGAAAUUUUGCGCGAAAAUUUGGCUGCUAUGGAAAAUGGCCUUGGCAGCUGGCUAAUCCAGCUGGAGUGACAUUCCUGAAUGAUGACCAGCUUCUCGUGGUGGAUGCAUUGAAUAGUCGAAUUAAUCAAUUCAAUGUACAGACAGGAAAGUUUGUGAAGAGGUUUGGAGAGAAAGGGACUGGAGACGGCAAAUUUCUGGCACCCGAAGGAAUUUUCAUAAAUGAUGAAGGACAUAUAAUUGUAACGGAUUGCUGUAACAACAGAAUCCAGGUCUUGGACAAAGAUGGUAAAUUUAUGUUCACAUUUGGAGACCACGGCCCUGGUGAGCUAAACGAACCUAGUGGAUGCAUUUAUCACAAAAACAAGUUCAUUGUAUCUGACAGUAAAAACCAUUGUUUGAAAGUGUUUGACAAAUCAGGGAAGUUCUUGUACAAGAUUGGAGAAGAAGGCGAAGCUGAUGGCCAGUUUUCAUGUCCACGGGAUUUGUGUUUUGAGAAAUAUGGCGAUCAUCUGAAUCUUUUGGUGUGUGACAGAGAUAAUGAACGCAUUCAACAGUUUACAAUGGAAGGUCGUUUUAUUGGUAAAACUGUUAUUAAGCUAAAAGAUCCGAAAACAAUAGCUACAACACCAGAUGAUCGUAUUUUGGUUUGUGAUUAUGAAGACAAAACCAUUUAUAUCUUGAAAUAGACACUCAAAUGUUUUUGGCAAAAGGAGUAAUAAUAAUAAUAAUAAUGAGGGAUUAGGAACAAAGUUAGAACUUUUAUCAUUACACCAGCAAUCAAAUAAUUUUUAUAUUUAUUUUUUUACCCUUAAAUAUGAUUUGUUUAGAGAUCUUUCAGGUGCUUGGGAUGUAUGUAUUGAAAAGCGGACUAACGCGACCUUCCACCUCCUCCCAUAGCUCAAUUUCCAGGAGUGCAUGUAUCAGUUGAGACCGCGAUCCUCUCCGCCGUGUGUAUUGAAACAUCGAGCUCCCUCGGUCCCAGGUUCCUUUGUCAAUAUUAAGCACCGGAAAGAACAUUGUAGUUUUAGAUUGUCAUGUAGUUUCAAUUUUGCAGGAUAGGACUAAAAAACAACUGUUACUCUGGAAAUAAUAUUCUAGUUUUAGCUUGUCUGGUAUCCUUAUGAGUGAAUUUCUUUCAAUCUGCAGAACUGGACUAGAAUAUACAAAUUAGUUACUUUAAGAUAUUCAUGCAACUAUUGAGAUGCUGGCACUAUAAAUUUUUUCUUUUUCGUCGUUUAAUGAUAAUUUUUCUAGAAGAAACUGGAACAUUAGAAAAGUAGACUCGUUCAAUUUUGGUAUCCAGUUUAUUGGGUUGUAAAUUUGCCAAAUAUCUCUUACGAUAAAUGUAGAUAUGUAAAGAUGUGUGACUGAUAUUUUGACUGAGCAAAACUUCAUAUGUAAUGACAAUGCAUCGCAAGCAUGCCAUUACUUCUGAUUAUGAAGAGACCGUGAAUUUAUGAUUGUGGUAUAAUAUUUUAGAGAUCUUAGGAGAGUUUGCAUUGUAAAUGAACUGUUUAUGUAACGAAAGAAAAGUGGUAUAGCUGUGCACUUCAUUUAUCAAAGACUGGAUCCAAAAAUAAAUUUGUGAUUUUGUUAACAGUCUUUGCCUUCAGUAAUGAAAUUAUAUUUUAACUGAUUAAGUAUACAAAUUGAAUUUUAAAAAAAAUAAGACUCACGAGAAAUGGAAGAAUCUAAAUUAAAAUGCCCGGGAAAAUGGUCCUGGAAAGGUAAAUUGUGAACAGAUCUUAAACACAUUGAGUAUCUAUGGCAUUCAGCUACUCGAGGUCCUGGAAUAUAAAGUUGAUUUGUUGUUGUUUUUUUUUCUAACCAAAAACUAGUUGCAAUUACAACUAAUUUAUUCAUCAACGGAUGUUCUUUGCAUGGAAGCCAUCAGGUCAUAAUUUCGGCUUCUAAAAAUUCUGAUAAAUCUUGUGAUGGAUCCGUGACCGGCCCAAUCUCGAGCCCAUGGUCGUUUGGGCUUCUUGUCAGCAGUAUGGUCGCCAAAUAGUGUCAUAAUGUUUUAAUUCCACUCCGCCCCCCUUUUUAUUAGCAGCUCCUUGUCACCAUAUCGCUGACAAGGAGCCAAAAUGACCCUGGGCUCGAGAUUGGCAUAAGUCACUUUGAAUAGAAAAUUUUAUAGUUUUUCAUUGGAUAACAUUAAUCAAGGUCAGCUGAGAGGAGGCUGCGGUCAGGUCCUAUCUACUAGUGAUAAGUAUGACCGUCGAGAAUAUUGAAGAAAAAGAUGUAAAAGGCUGUUACAUUAUUUAUUAAUCAGUGAACUAUCGGUAAAACCACGGUUUUAUUCCCCAUGCCCCCCUUUUUAUUAGUAGUUCGAGUUCUUUCAGGAUUGUACGUCAAUAACUUAUACCUUUGUUUACAGGCAGAGUUCUACACCUCGCGUUCUUUUGUAUGAAAUUCAUGUAUUUGUAUAUGAUCCGCUUUUCAUCAGGGCUCUAAUCUGAAAUGAAAUUAACGAGGCAUGCUGCAUAACGAGCGAAUUCAUCAAGCCUUAUCUAGUGAUUUUUGUUUCAAAUCUUACAAAUUCCCGAGCUAAACUUUUGUGAAGCCCACGUAUCUAAUCACUGUUGAGGAAUACCUUUUAUUUUACAUGGGGAAUAUUCAUUGCAAAAACAUAUUUUCAUCUGCUCUCAGUAACAGAAAACAAUGGAGCACGAGCCUAUUGUUAAAGAGCAUUCUACUUGUUGUGUGACUUAACUUCGGCUCCAAAAAUAAAAGGUCACAAGGUUCGAUCUGCUGGCGGACAUAAAGAGCUAUCAUACUAAAUUUUAAUCUGGCUGUUUCUCGGAAUCACAAACAAUACACAGUGUGUUUCAUUUCGCUCUGAUUUCGUUAUCUGCUUUCGCGAUGGAGUCUCGUAAGGAAAGAAUCUCAAAAAACAUGUUACUUGUCCUAUUUGUUUGGAAGGCUAAGCACUUCCGAUGUAGUUAAUUCGUCCUUUUAUUUCUAGCCCAGAUAAAAAUGACUUUUACUGUUUUAUAACUAGAGAUUCUUCCUUGUGACAUCAAAUACUAUUUACGGUAAAAAGCUCCUUUUUAUCUGCUAUCAGUUACAGAACAAGAGCCAUUCUUAAAUAAACGUACAACUUACUGUGUUACUUACAUCCGUCCCAAAAAUAAAACGGUCACGAGGUUUAAUCUGCUUGGUAGGCGAACAUAAAAAGCUAUCAUAUUAGAUUUUAAUCUGGCUAGCCUAGGUGUAGCCAUAUCCUCCCCAUUCACCUUGGCGGAGGGGAGGGGAGGGGAGGGUAAGGCUACACGUAGGCUGUAAUCUGGCUGAUAUUUUUUUGGCUUCGUGGGUCAUUUGAAGCGUCUUUUUACGAAAUUACUUCUGGCCGGAGGCCGUUAAGACGUGAAAGGGAGACAAGGCUUGCAUCUUGAUGGCCGCCAGCCACGACCUCCUCCGCUUCAAACUGGAAUUAACGCCAAAAUACUGAAAAUCUCUCCUAACUAACAACGGUCGUUGAUCGAUGAGAUGUUGCUCUAUCUCUUCGUUCCCUUUCUUCUCAGUCUUAACGGCCUCUGGCCAAAAGUAAUUUUGAAAAAAGACGCUUCAAACGGUCUAUGAAGGCUAAAAAAUAUCACAAAUGCGUCGAUUAACAUUUCAUUUAUCUUUAUUGAAAUAUUCAGACCGGGAGGUACUUUAGAUAUGCAAUUUUCAGAGCUUUAUUUUCUUUAUUCGUAACCCACAGAGAUUUAGUCCGGCUCAAGUAAACACUUGUUAUUAACCAAGAACACUACGUGUGGUCUGCCUGUGCACAAACAAUAGUCACGUGUGUUUCGUUUCGCUCUAAUUUCGCAAUCUGCCUACGUGAUGGAGUCUCUCUUGAAAAAUCUCGAAAAACAUGUUACUUGUUCCAUCUGUCUGGAUACUUACACUAAACCUAAGACCAUAGCUUGUCUUCAUACCUUCUGCUUGAAAUGUUUAGAGGAACACGCUUUGAGAACCCAAAGACAAGGACAAUUUCGAUGUCCCGAUUGUCAGGCGGAAGUGAACAUCGUAGAAGGAAGUUGUUUCGGUAAUUUGCCGACUGGUUUUCUGCAAAACAGUUUGUUGAGUCUUCUCGCUGUACGGCAAAGUGGCGAUGGAAGUCAGAUCAGUUGUGGUAUCUGUAAGAAAAAGAGCGCCGAGAUCAGCUAUUGUUUCGCUUGCGAAGAAUUAUUGUGCCGUGACUGUGUUAAUGCACACGAAUUGUUUCAAGAGAGGGCCUUUCGUGGACACAGAGUGACGGCAGUGAAACAGUUUCAAGCCGUAGAUUACGAGGCCUUGUUAAAGCGUCAGUCCUAUUGCCCUCAGCCUUACCACGAGAGAGAGGUAACCAGGUUUUUUUGCCUUGAAUGCCAGAUUUGUGUUUGUCAAGUUUGCAUAAACACUGAUCACAAGAAUCAUAAUGUUGAUCCGCUUGAGAAAGCAGCGGAUGCCGAGAAAGCAAACAUUAUGGCGGCAGUCGAGUCGAUAGAACGAAAGAAGAAAGUCUGUAGCAAUACCAUUAAAACUUUUCAACAGGUUUUUGAAGAGCUGGAACAAAAUGUUACCGCUGCUAAACGAGAGGUUUCCCAAACAGCCAAACAAAUGAUCGCGAAGAUUCGAGAUCACGAGCGGGAAGCUACAAAAGUCCUCGAGAAUACACGCGUGUCUAGAAUAGAGAAAAUAAACUCUCUUAACGAACAAGUUAAUUCACUGAUGAAACAACUUGACCAAGCUGUUCAGUUUGCAAAAGACCUGGUUGAGAGAAGCUCCAGUUCAGAUGUUAUGAAAAGUAAGAAGAGUUUGGAGCAGCGAUUUGGAGAUCUCGACAAGGCCACAGUCCCUCGCUUCCGGUUAGCUCAUUCGUAAAGUUUUUCUCGACUAAUGCACUUGACAACCUAAACCUGGGGUCGGUGGAAACCAAUGAAAUAGAUGUACGGUUGUCAUCAAUGGAAGUUCUUACUGAAAACCUCCAAGCUGGUCUGGAAGCAGAGCUUCUGAUUUGUCCAAAGCGAAAGAGUGAAGGAGAGCUUACAAGUAAAUGCCAGCGUGAAUUUGAUGUUAGAGUGCUCAUAGUACCAGCUGAAGAUGUAACAAGUUUAAGAACUUUUAAAAACGAAAAUGAUGAUAUCCACGUGAAGUUUGUUCCUAAAGUACCUGGCACCUUCAACAUUACAGUUAUGAUAAAUGGCGACAAACUUGUUACCAGUCCUCUUAGGGUUCAAGUGAAGGAACGAAGGAUUGAUGUUAUGGGGGAGUUAGUUCUCAAAGGAGAAAUUCCCGAGAGGCCCGAUUGGAUUGCUGUCAACAGCAAAGGAACGAUCGCUGUGAGUGACAAUGAAGAACACUGCAUCCUAAUAUUUGAUAAAAAUGGAAAUUUUGUGCGAGAAUUUGGCUGCUAUGGAGAAGGGCCUGGGCAGCUGGCUAAUCCAGCUGGAAUUACAUUCCUGAAUGAUAACGAGGUUCUGGUGGGGGAUGACGAUGAUGGCCAAAUUCAACAAUUCAAUGUACAGACAGGGAACUUUGUGAAGAGCUUUGGGAAGAGAGGGACUGGAGAUGGCGAAUUUACAGCACCUCAAGGAAUUUUCAUUAGCGAUGAAGGACAUGUUAUUGUGGCGGAUUGCUUGAACAACAGAAUCCAGGUCUUUGACGAAGAUGGUAAAUUCAUGUCCAAAUUUGGAGACAAUGGUCCUGGUGAGCUAUGCGUACCUAGUGGAUGCAUUUAUCAUAAAAACAAGUUCAUUGUAUCUGACAGUGGAAACCAUUGUUUGAAAGUGUUCGGAAAAGCAGGGGAGUUCUUAUGCAAGAUUGGAGAAGAAGGCGAAGCUGAUGGACAAUUUUCAUAUCCAUGGGGUUUGUGUGUUGAGAAAUAUGGCGAUCAUCAGAGUCUCUUGGUGUGUGACAGUGAUAAUGGACGCAUUCAACAGUUUACAAUGGAAGGUCGUUUUAUUGGCAAAACUUUUCUUAGGCUAGGAGAUCCGAACGCAAUAGCGACAACACCAGAUGGUCGUAUUUUGGUUUGUGACAGUAAAGACAAAAGCAUUUAUGUCUUGAAAUAGACGCUCAAACGUGUUUUGCAAAAAGGAAUAACGAUGUGGGAUUGGUAACAAAGUUAGCACUUUAAUCACUAACCCGGCAAUCAAAUAAUUUAUAUAUAUAUUUUUCCCUUGACUUGUUUAGAGAUCUUUCAGGUGCUUGGGAUGUAUGUAUUAAAAAGCGGACUAACGCGAACUUCCACCUCCUCCCAUAGCUCAAUUUCCAGGAGUGCAUGUAUCAGUUGAUACCGCGAUCCUCUCCGCCGUGUGUAUUGAAACUCUCAUUGGUGGAUAUCGAGCUCUCUCGGUCCCAGGUUACUUUGUCAAUAUUUUACUUUGGAAAGAAUAUUGUAGUUUUAGCAUGUCAUGUAUCUUUAGGUGACAGUUUUCAAUUUUGCUGGCUAGGACUAAAAAACAACUGUUACUUUGGAAAUAAUAUUCUAGUUUUAGUUUGUCUGGUAUCUUUUCAGUGGAUUUUUUCAAUCUGCCGAACUGGACUACAAACUGCAAAUUAGUUCCUUUAAGAUGUUCAUGCAACUUAUUUAUCGUCGUUGAAUGAUAAUUUUUCCAGAAGAAACUAGAACAUUAGAAAAGUAGACUCAUUGCAAGUCUUGACAACCGCUUUUUUGAUUGUAAAUUUGCUUCAUAUUUCUUACGAUAAAUGUAGAUAUAAAAAGAUGGGUGACUGAUAUUUUGACUGAGCAAAAUUUCAUAUGUAAUGUCAAUGUAUUAAUUAUUAGUGACUUACAGGGGCGGAUCCGGGAAAUUUUAAUAGUCCAAAUUUUUCAGAAAACACUACAGAAAGUUUCUUGGGCAAAUUGCCUCUCCCCGCAACUCCGUCAUUCAACAAACCCCGACCCAAUUCCCCCCUCCCGCCGUUACACAUUAUAUCCAAUUUAACAACAAUUUUCUUAGCCCCUCGUGCAAGUCCUGAGAACCGCUUUUCUGACAUCCUAUUUCUAAGGUAGGACUUGAUUCUUCGCAAGCCAGAGAAUGGACGCUCAGCUUCUGCAGAACUUAUUGGGAGCGUAGACCCAAUUAUAUAGCAUUCAUACCUUUCCACCUAUCUGGUUUUGCCUCUAGAAAUAGAACUACACUUCCGUAAAACUUGUUCUAGAAAUCGCUCUCUUUUAGGCGAAAAAAAUGAAAGUGCUUCGUGAUUGUCUCUAAAUGAUCGUCACUUGGAUAAGAGAUGCCCCAUUCAUCAAGGCAGACGGUGCUUCACAACAUGUCACUUUCAGAGACGUCUCCAUCUUCUGCAUACGAGCCUUAGCUUGUUUUUAAUCUCUUUAAGACUUAAAUACUUGAAUAAUACAUAAAGAGGCUCAUCUAGCAAAGUUGUGAUGAGAAAAAUUAAAAUGUUUGAAUUACGGAGCUUAAGCUGUGUUGAAACUGGAAAUUUUUGAGGGGAGACCGCUGUCGGAAGAUUAAAAGAACGCUUUGAGAAAAUUAGAAAAAGGAAUCAUUUAGCCUAAAUAACAAAAGAUAAAUUAGACUGGCAUGGAGUUGGCAUUCGUAUCUUCUAGUAUCUGCCAAAAUUAACAGCUGCUCUCUCGAGGACCUCGAGCGUGGCCUCUGCGGACUCAGCAGCUUGUAAUGGAGCCUAGUGAAAUUGAGGAAAUUCGCACAAAAGUCCUCAAUAGGAUUGCAAUUUUGCAGUCACAAAAAGCUAUAGCUCUGGAAAGUUUCGUCGAAAAUCCCUAAUCUAACAUUUCCAUUUGCGAACUAGGACCUGAAAGUUUGGAGAUUCUAUUGAAAUGCUAAAUCAAUCAGUCACAUGUGGCCUGUAACUUGGUCACCAACUUCGAGGUGGCGUUGAUAAAGAAGCCGUACCUUAUGUGUAGCCGUACCCUUCCCUCCCCCCCACCUUGGGGGAGGGGGGCGGGUGGGACCCCUGCGAUAUUUUAAUUGGUUUGUCACGCAUUCCUCUCGUUAACAUUUGCGUUUGGCGGCUAUUCGAGAUCAGUGGAGCAUGGAGGCGCCCAAUUGCCGCUCAGAUCGAAGAGAAACCGGAACCCAAGUAGGUAAAAUAGGAAAAACCGAAAACUACAUCGGAUAUCAAAUCCGAAAACCCGUCAGUAUUUUUCGCGAAAACCGAAAACCAAAUGCUAAAAAACGCAAAAUCCGCCAACCGCAAUUAACACCAAAGCUGAAAACCGAAGUUUUUUGGCACAAAAACCGAAAAACUGACCCAAAAAAAUAACCAAAACCGCAAAACCGAAAAUCCCAAUGCUCCCCUCAUUAAGUAUUGCUGUAAACUUUCUUUCUGAAGGCUUUCAGAUUAAUGAUUAUAAUAGUUUCUUACGGCGUCGUGUCUUCUAUUUUUAUUUAGUUUUUUGUUAUCUAAACUAAAUAAUUCCUUUUUCUAAUAUUAUCAAGGCGUUUUUUUUUUCUUCAGACAGCGAUCUCCUCUAAAAGAUUCCAGUUUCAACACAGCUUAAGCCCCAUAAUUUAAACAUUUUCAUUUUUCUCAUCACAACUUUGCCAGAUGAGCCUCUAACACUCAGAGAAAAAACGCUCGGCUGCGGCAGAACUUUCUGAGAGCGUACACCCAAUUAUAUAGUAUCCAUGCCUUUCCGCCCACUUGGUUUUGCCCAAGUCUUUCAACUUCUCCUUUCUUGAAAUAGAACCACACUUCCCUAAAACUCGUUCUGGAAAUCGCUGUCUUUUACGCGAAUUUUAAAGACAGAAAAGGUUUCACGUAAGGUUCUAAUCAUGUUUCAGUGACUGGAGUUAACCUGUGCGCGGCUGCAACUCUGAGAUUUAAAAAGUGACUGUUGCAAUAAGUGCACAAUGCCGUUGGUGCUAUUCUCUUUUUUCCCGCGCAAACCACGUGCUUCCGAUGACAUAAUAAUACUUCUUGAUUUGCGUCUUUAUCUGUCACCUCAUCGCCGAUGAUUUAGAAAAAGGCGUUUUCCUUUUGAAUCGGCUGUGUAACUUUCGACCGAAUAUAUUCCCCAGUGAUACGAAUAACUUCUUGUACAGUUUUAGAGAGACUUCUGGCAUUUCUCCAACCAGUUAGUAAGUGUUUUUUUAAAUCUUUAUCAUAAGUUGCUUAAUGGCAUAAGAAUGGCAUGGAAGUUGCCUUUCUUCACGGAUACCGUGCUUGUGCUGACAUCUCGAUGGCUUCAAAGAGAGAUGUUCUGUUUGCCACAAAAUAUAGUGGUACUUAUGAUUGCUCUAGGUAAGUUCAUAUUUUUGUCAGACAUCUCUUGGUUUUGCGUGGAAAUUCUUAAUAGCAAGGUUUCUAACCACGAGGGCGGGAACACGAGCUUCUUCGAAUGUUCAUCUUUUCCCUUAACCACAAUCUUGGCGAGUGUGAAGGAGACGAGCUAAAAUGGUUUUUAAUUUUUUUCAUCGGACUGAAGAAGUGAAGAGUUCUUGGAUAGACUUUACGACUAACGAUGUACCCGAAAUCAAAGUAGGGUACAACAUUCUGAUCAUUGGAAGAAACUUGGGAAAAACCGAAAAACAAAGAAAAUAAUUUACUGCUAAGUCGUCAAAUUGAAAGUGCAAUUUAUUGUUUUCAAUGUUCUACUUAGUUCUCUAUGGAUUUUUAAUAGUUAUGAUAUUAAAAACUCGACACAACUUAACGUUUACUUAAUCGAUAUCUGAAAAAUGCUUCUUAACUGUCUGGGCCAUUUAAUGAAGCAUUGUUGACAGUAAUAUCAAAUUCUCUUGCUAAGGAUGAAAAUUCUGAUCGAUCUUCAAUAGUAAGGUCUAUGCUGGGACACGAAAGGUUGCAAGGUGUUUUGCAGAUGUUUCCAAGUGAUUCUAAAAAUAGCUUGUCUCCCUUUUCACCGAGGAAAACAGAUUUGGUUUGACACUACAAGAGCUCACUGCUCAGAAACAAUUAUCCCGUUAUGCGAAAGGAAGGUUCAAUUUUUACAAAAAGAAAUUGGGGAUAUGUCCUUUGAUGCAAAGCAAUCGCUUACGGUCAAAUACUCCAACUGGCGUGUGCCUUGUAAGAAAGAAAGAUGAGAUAUCGACUGGCUAGAUAGAUUUACAUAUUUAAGUCCAUGAGACGAAAAAAGAUCGUUAAAAAUAGCAUAAACUUUAGCUCGUGGCUCCCUGAAUGGAUUUUGCUUUACUUCAAUAUAAGCUACUGAGAAAUAUCUGAAACCCAUUGUGUGCUUCAUGAUUGUCUCUAAAUGCUCUUCGUUUAGAUAAGAGAUGCCCCAUUCAUCAAGGCAGACGGUGCUUCACAACAUGUUUCUUUCAGAGACACGUCUCCAUCUUCUGCAUACGCAGCCUUAGCUCGUUUUUCAUCUCUUUAAGACUUAAAUACUUGAAUACAACACUAAGAGGCUCAUCUGGCAAAGUUGUGAUGAGAAAAAUUAAAAUGUUUAAAUUAUGGGGCUUAAGCUGUGUUCAAACUGGAAUCUUUUAGAGGAGAUCGCUGUCUGAAGAGUAAAAAAAACGCCUUGAUAAUAUUAGAAAAAGGAAUCAUUUAGUUUAGAUAACAAAAAAUAAAUUAGACUGUCGUGUACUUUGACCUCACCGAAGCAAUUUCCAAACAGUGAGCUCAGGUUAAAUUUGAUUAGGAAUUCAUGUAAACUUUCUUUCUGCUUUUAGAUUAAUGAUUACAAUAGCUUCUCCCGGCGUCGUUUCCUUUUAUUUUAUUUCAAUUUUCGACGCGUAGGUCAAUUACUAAAAAUUUACCUUUGAUAUACAGGCGUAGAGCAGGAAAAAGCUGCUCGAAUCUUAGGACUGAACUAAAAAGCAUGCUUAAUUUUCGAUAAGGUUAAACUACACUAGAAAUAGACCUUUUCACGGUUUGUGACGCCAUCUUGGGGGGCCGCCACCGAGUAUAUCGGAAGUAUACCUUUUAUUGUGAUUACAAGUGGACUGUGAAUUGAUGAUUUUUAUGUAAUAUUCUAAAGAUCUUAUAAACUGUUCAUGUAGCAAAAAAGAAAGUGGUAUAGCUGUGCAUUUGAUUUAUCAAAGACUGGAUGGAGAUGUAAAUCUGUGAUCUUCUUUACAGUCUUUUAUUAAAUGUACAAAUUGAUUUAAAAAAAAGGCUAAAGAGAAGUCGAAGAAUUGAACUCAAAAUAACCAGCUAAAUGGUGCUAGAAAGGUACAUCGUGAACAGACCUUAAACACAUUGACUAUCUCUGUCAUUCAGCUGCUCGAGAUCCUGGAAUAUAAAGCUAAUUUUUUGUUCCUUUUUUUCUGCCCCAAAUAAUUGCAACUACAACUAGUUUCUUCAUCAACGGAUGUUCUUUGCAUGGAAGCCAUCAGGUCAUAAUUUUUGUGGCUAAAAAUUCCGAUAAAUCUCGUGGUGGGUCAGUGACACCUGAGUUGCUUUGAAUAGAAAAUAGUAGUUUUUACGGCAUUGGAUGACAUUAAUCAAGGUCAGGGCUCUUAUCUGAAAUGAAAAGGAACGAAGCAUGCUGCAUAACGAGUGGAUUAAUUAGGCCUUAUUAAGCCAUUUUUGUUUCAAAUCUUACUAAUUCUCAAACUAAACUUUGGUGAAGCCCACACACCUGACCACUGCUGAGGAAUAACCUUCAUUUAACAUAGGGAAUAUUCACUGCAAAAAUAAAUUUCAUCUGCCAUCAGUUACAGAAAGGAAUGGAACAAGAGCCUAUUGUUAGAGAGCAUAUUGUUCGUUGUCUAACUUCGACUCCAAAAAAAUAAAAGAUCACAAGGUUCGAUCAGCUUGGUUUGGCUAACAUAUUUAUUCUGGCUAAUGUUUCUCGGAAUCACAAACAACACACGGGUGUGUUUCCUUUCGCUCUGAUAUCGAAAUCUGCCUUCGCGAUGGAGUCUCUCUUGAAGAAUCUCGAAAAACAUGUCACCUGUUCCAUUUGUCUGGAUACUUACACCAAGCCAAAGACCAUAGCUUGUCUUCAUACCUUCUGCUUGAAAUGUUUAGAGGAACACGCUUUGAAAACCCAAAGACAAGGACAAUUUCAAUGUCCCGAUUGUCAGGCGGAAGUGAACAUCCCAGAAGGAAAUUGUUUCGAAAAUUUGUUGACUGGUUUUCUGCAGAAUAGUUUGUUGAGUCUUCUCGCUGUACGACAAAGUAGCGAUGGAAGUCAGAUUAGCUGUGGUAUCUGUAAGAAAAAGAGAGCCGAGAUCAGCUAUUGCUUCGCUUGCGAAAAAUUACUGUGCCGUGAUUGUGCUAAUGCCCACGACUUGUUUCGAGAGAUUGCCUUUCAAGGACACAAAGUGACGGCAGUGAAACAGUUUCAAGCCGUAGAUUACGAGGCCUUGUUAAAGCGUCACUCCUUUUGCCCUCAGCCUUACCACGAAAGAGAGGUAACCAGGUUUUUCUGCCUUGAAUGCCAGAUUUGUGUUUGUCAAGUUUGCAUAAACACUGAUCACAAGAAUCAUAAUGUUGAUCCGCUUGAGAAAGCAGCGGAUGCCGAGAAAACAAACAUCAUGGCGGCAGUCGAGUCGAUAGAACGAAAGAAGAAAGUCUGUGGCGAUGCGAUUAAAACUUUUCAACGAGUUGUUGUUGAGCUGGAACGAAAUAUCACCAUUGCUAAACGAGAGGUUUCUCAAACAGCCGAGGAAAUGAUCGCGAAGGUUCGAGAACAUGAGCGGGAAGCCACAAAAAUCCUCGAGAAUACACGCGUGUCUAGAAUGGAGAAAAUAAACUCUCUAAACGAGCAAGUAAAGUCAUUGAUCAAACAGCUCGAUCAAGCAGUUCAGUUUGCGAAAAUCUGGUCGAGAGAAGCUCAAGUUCAGAUGUUAUGA